GGGACAACAAAAAAAAUCCAUCGGGAAGAGAUGAAGCAGACCGACCAGCCGACAAAAAGCCUUCCCCCACAAGGCAGGCUGGGCUCAUACCACCGCGCUUGUGAACUCGCUAGCCGGCUAGUACUACACAGUACAUUGUCAGGUCAUCGUGGUGACGAUCUAGGUAAUGUUGCCGCUGAUUUUCAUUUGACGGAUCGAUUAUCGGGCGAUGGCCAACAAGUAAGUAUUAUUAGUAGCAAUGCGAGAAAGCAAAGUGGUCUGUCUGCACCUGUGCAUCGUAACAUCGGAUCGAGACAGACAAUGGCCCAUGCACGAGAACCAUGCAGGAGUAGCAAAGCCCCGCCAACAUGAAUCAACCGUCAGAUGGUAGUCCACUAUAGUCCUGCAUGGACAGGUUGUCACUGAGGCCGAUGGGUUUCCACCGGCUUUCUUCGACCUUCCCCGACGAGUCCGAAUCACGGUCGUUCACAACCAGGAUGGAAAGCGACCGUAUCCAUUGAUCAACAGUACCGUAAUGGAGAUGAGCGGGGAUUUCGGGGUCAAAUCGACCAAGAGAACGAAGCACAUCGCGGGAAAAGGGGAAGAUCGAAACAAAGGGAGUUCCGAGAC